UAGAUCUAGCCCGGCAUGGAAACAGGCUCGGAAUGGUAUUUCCCCUCCCUGAAGGCCUGGAACGAAGCCCCAUCUCCUACCCUCCGGAUCCAUUCCGGGAGACUCGCGAGUCGCGAGACCGUGGCGUGGCGCAGCACCGGCGGCGCGCGCGGCGACGAGGUGGCGGCGUGGCGGUGCGAGGCGAUGGCGUGGCGGCGCGCAUCCCCGACGGCGACCCUCCCCGCCAUCUUCUCACUGCUGAGAUGGGGGGCGUGUGUGUUCGCCAGUUUGGUGUCGAGAUGCAGCGCGCCCUGUGCUAGAUUUGAUGUUUCGAGCUGGCACAGGCGGGUGGAGUGGCGGACCGCGACCACGCGAUCCGGCGGUGAACCUGAAGAAUCCAGGGUGAUUCCAAGAGCACUCAUGCCGCUUGAGAUCCUGCACUGCACAAAGCUUGAGCUGGAGCGGGUUGGAAACAUACUGGCAGGCUACAUGGUGAAAAACUUGUUUGAGGGUUUAGAGUCUUGCUCGGCAAACUAUUGUAAUGUUAAGUUUUUGACUAUCAUGAUGCUUGUCAAACUAUUCAAAAUCUUUAGCUAUUUAUGCUUAGCUUUGUUUGGUACCAUGGAUGGAAACAUGGUCCUGCUGAACGGUUUAGAGUCCUGGAAUUAAUACUGUCCAUAAUCAACCGAACACAACUUUUUAUUACUUUGGAA